AAACUGCUUAGACAAUCUAAUGGAUGAAGAUGAGAAAGACAGGGCAAAGAGGGCUUCGCGUAACAAGUCUGAGAAGAAGAGGCGCGAUCAGUUCAAUGUUCUCAUCAAAGAGCUCAGCUCCAUGCUUCCAGGCAACACUCGCAAAAUGGACAAAACUACCGUGCUGGAAAAAGUCAUUGGCUUUCUGCAGAAACACAAUGAAGUCUCAGCGCAGACGGAGAUUUCUGAAAUUCAGCAGGACUGGAAGCCUUCAUUUCUCAGCAAUGAAGAAUUCACCCAGCUGAUGUUGGAGGCAUUAGAUGGCUUCAUUAUAGCAGUAACCACAGGUGGAAGCAUCAUCUAUGUGUCUGACAGCAUCACACCACUUUUAGGGCAUUUACCGUGUGAUGUCUUGGAUCAGAAUUUGUUAAACUUCCUCCCAGAACAAGAGCACUCAGAAAUUUAUAAGAUGCUAUCUUCUUGCAUGCUUAUGACAGAUUCUGCCUCAUCAGAUUACCUAAAAACUGACAAUGAACUAGAGUUUUAUUGUCAUCUUCUGAGAGGAAGUUUGAACCCAAAGGAAUUUCCAACAUAUGAAUACAUAAAAUUUGUAGGAAAUUUUCGGUCUUACAGCAAUGUGCCUAACUCCACUUGCAAUGGCUUUGAUGAGGCUGUCCCAAGGGCUUACAGAACAUCCCCAGGAAAGCAAAUCUGCUUUGUUGCGACUGUUCGUUUGGCAACGCCUCAGUUUUUAAAGGAGAUGUGCAUCGUAGAAGAACCUCUAGAGGAAUUCACAUCAAGACACAGUCUGGAGUGGAAAUUUUUAUUCCUGGAUCACAGAGCACCGCCGAUUAUCGGGUACUUGCCUUUUGAAGUGCUGGGUACUUCUGGCUACGACUAUUACCACAUAGAUGACCUAGAGCUGCUAGCAAGGUGCCAUGAACACUUGAUGCAGUUCGGCAAGGGGAAGUCGUGCUGCUACCGGUUUCUGACCAAAGGACAGCAGUGGAUCUGGCUCCAGACCCAUUACUACAUCACCUACCACCAGUGGAACUCCAAGCCAGAGUUCAUUGUGUGCACACACAUGGUGGUAAGUUAUGCAGAUGUUCGGGUGGAGAGGAGACAGGAGAUGGGCUUGGAAGAAGUGUCCUCAGAGGUUGUGUCCUCAGCACUAAAGGACAGUGGUGCCAGCUUGGAUCCUGAACAGCACUUUAAUGCACUUGAUAUUGGUGCCUCAAUCCUCAGCGCUAGUCGGACACCCUCAGUAUCAUCCAGGAGCUCUCCAAAAUCUUCCCACACACCCAAGUCAGACCCAGCAUCUACACCAACAAAGCUGAUUGCAGAGUCUAACACUCCCUUGCCAAGAACACCGAGCACACAGCAAGAUUUAUCCGUGCAUAGACUCAGCCAACCUACUGCUCUUCAGGUUUCUUUGCCUUCUCAGCUUCCAUGUGAGCUUCUCCCACAUCAGUUGCUGCCUCAAGCAACUCUGCAAAAUCAGCCUGCACCUCUGGCACAGUUCUCAGCACAAUUCAGCAUGUUCCAGACCAUCAAGGACCAGCUAGAGCAGCGGACACGGAUCCUGCAGGCCAACAUCCGGUGGCAGCAGGAGGAGCUCCAGAAGAUACAGGAGCAGCUCUGCCUGGUCCAAGACUCCAGUGUACAGAUGAUCUUACAGCAGCCAACAGUGUCCCUGAGCUUUAGCAAUACUCAGCAGCUGGACCCACAACAGCUACAGCAGAGGUCAGGGGCCAUUACUCAGCAGCAGCUUGUCUCCAGUCCUCAACUUCAAGGGCAAAUCACAUCUUCACAAACAACGAACCAGCAGUCACUGAGAGAAGCAAGCGUGAUAUCAAGCCAGGUGGUCCUGAAAGAAACAAACAAACAAAAAAAAAAACAAAAAAAACCAAAAAAAUCCCGCGGCGGCACCCCCGCGCCCGCCGGCUGCAGCCACGACCAGCAGCUCAGAUUGUUGCUCAGCCAGCCUAUUCAGCCCAUGAUGCCUGGGUCCUGUAAUGCAAGACACCCUUCAGACCUCAGCAUGGCGGGAUCCCAGGCCAAGUAUUCUCAAACCCAACAAAUGUUUCAAAGUUUGGAAGUGCAGACUUCCAGCAGCAGCUCUCCAAUCGUACUGAUGGGACAAGCAGUGUUAAACCAAGGGUUCACCACUAGCCCUCCUUCCCAGCCAUCCUCUUUGCCACCUAUGCAACUCCAGCACCAACAGCAUCAGCAACAACGCUACCUGCAGGUGCAAACACCAAGUUCUUUGCACAACGAACAACCUGAUUCUUUGCUCCUGCCAUCUUACUCACCACAGCAAGGAAAUAUGGGGUAUCAUCAGACACAGCAGCAGCAACAGCAACAGCAGCAACAACUAACAUCAAGAAGAAGGAAUAGUUUAUCAGAAUCAUCAAAUUUACCACAGCCACUGCGAUAGAGUCCCACCAGCACAAAUCAAUGCACGAUUAGCUUUAACCAAUGGGCACAUGGGGCAGAAGAGAAUGACUUUGUACUUACUGUUCUGGCUUUUGCACAAGCAUUUCUUUCCAAGCUCUGUGACAGAAGUACGCCCAGAGUGCAGACUGCCACAGACAGUGCGUUCACGGCACGCUGGCUUCCGUUUGCGCUGUGUCGUGAGCACAGGAUGUACUGACAGAGCAAAAUCAAAAGGAGCACUAUCCUGUGUGCCUCCAUCACCACUGGGAGCGUGGGAAGAGGCGUGUCACUCUGGAAGCCAUCUGGCAAUUCCAAAAGACUGUCGACAGACUCAUGAGGUACUUGGCCUUCACUGUUUCAGUUCUUCUUUUGUGUAUGAAAAGCACUGCGUCAAAGGUCUAUCGAGGAGAGAACAAGAGAUUAUUUUUAUUAUGAUUAUUGUUAUUAUUUUGCACAACUGCACAGAUGACAAAACCUAGGCACUUUCUGUAAAGAGAAGUUUGUUUCUUUGUUCUUGUGGCCAAAUCAGCACAUCCAAUGGAGGAAAAAGCCCAGCCAUUGGUGAAGAUGGUCUACAGCUCAUACCCUUGAUUUAGAAUCUGAGAAGUAUUAUGCAGCUUACCCUUACUGUUCUUCAUUACUAAAAACCAACCAACCAAAAAAACAAACCCACCACCCACACUGGACUGUUUUCUACAUGAAUUGUGACUGCAAAGGAGAACUCAAAUUGUAAGCACAAUCAUGCAACUCUCCAAUAGUACAUUAAUCUUUCUUCAACUUAAACUCACCCACUCCAAGUCUCUGAGAAAUAUGCACUGUGUUUUGGCCCACUGACUCGGGAUGCUGCAGACUAUUACAUAUCUCUUUCAUGAUAACAUUUAGGAUUAAAUUUUCCUUUGGAGGAAAAAAAAAAAAGAAAA